UACUAUCGAGAGAGCACGAGGAGAGGAGUACACGGGUCGUAGUCGUCAUCGUUGUCAUCGUCGUCGUCGUGCGUCCGCGGAGGACUGAUGCGAGAGCGUGCGCGUCCUGCGUCAGUGGAGCAGCAGUAGCCAGCGGCACCAGCGGCACAAUAUCACUAUCGUCGUCGUUAUCGGCAGCCGUUAGUACGUUUGACCGUCAAGAUGUAAGCCCACCGGUUUUCGAAAAAGAGAGAGUCUCGAGUUUGCCGCUGUUGGCCUUCUUCGUUGAAAAAUUAAAAGGGUUGCGAGUAAGAGAGAGAGAAAGAGAGAGAGAGAGAGAGAGAGAGAGAGAGGAAGAGAGAGAGAGAGAGAGAGAGAGAGUGAGAGUGGGAGAAAACGAAAGAGAGAGAGAGAGAGAGAGAGAGAGAGAGAGAGAGUGUGUGAGGGUGAAAGGGGAGAGGAAAGGCGUUGGACUACCGGGGGAGAAAGAAAGGAGGACGCGAGAAUGGAGGUACCGAGAAAGGGAUCGAUCGCUUCCCGAUAGCUGGCAUGGAGGACACGGCACUAGGCAGGACGAAUCGUCGAUUUUAUUUACGUAUCGGAGAUUAGUUUUGCUUGACAAUAGCAGUUAACAACGCAUCGGCUUGGGAGACGUUGGGAGUGCGUCUGGGAGAGAUCCUUCCUGCAUCGCUAUCUCCGAGGUCCGAGCUAUCGAAUAUGGCAUCAGGAUUGCCGAGCGCUCGUCAGAGGAAGCUUGGACCAGCACCAAUAGCAUCCUUCGAAGACCUGUCGGACGAGGUGGAAAACGGGGAACCAACGACACGAAUGCCAGGCAUCAUCGAGGUCGCCACCCCGGCAACGCCUGGUAGUUCGCUAAAGACACCCAGUACACCAAGAAUUGAUAUCAGCCGGGCGAGCAGUUCCUCUCACCAUGAGGAUAGCAACUCCAGGGAAUCGUCACCCGAAAGAGAGCUUCUCGCAGGUGGAGAUCCUCCUCCAGGGAGUAAGCUGACCUUGGGUUACAAGGAAGAUGCUCAGGAUUUAAGAUCGUCAACGGAGGAAUUGGACUUGCAGGAUCCCAUACACGAGCAAGAUCUCAGAAGGGAAUCGAAGAAGGCGAGAAAACGAAGAGAAGAUGGAUCGCAAUCGGAUUAUAGCGGUGGAACGAGGCAGACGCAAGAUAGGGAACGGAAGGACAGUAAUUGCUCCGAAAUCAUCCUCCUUAACAUCAGUGGUAGAACUUCGAGAUUGUCUUCCGUAGGAAGUCAAGGAUCUGGUGUUUCUGGAAAGCUCUCAGUGGUGUCGGGUACUUCCUCGAGGUCACCGAGUCCGCACAAAUGUCUAUUGGAAACGUCCUUUUGUGGCAGCAAGCCGACUUUAGCUGAUAACUUGAUCGAACCAUCGAAGCCGGAAACCGAAGACUUGGAAAAGAUUCUGUUGAAGCGCGAAGCUGACACCACUAAAGCGUUAAUUCCAGAAAGUAUUAAAGUUUCUAUGGUCGGUGGUAAUUUGAAACCAGAUCCUUUGGAUAAGCCAAGAAGACGUGGCCGUGAAGAAAGAAAAGAGAUUUUUAAGAGAGAAGUGGAAAUUACUAAGAGAUUUUUAGAAAAGGUUAACAUAGAGGUACCAAUCAUUCGUAAAACAUCUGAAUCAACGCAACAACAGCCAGCGAAAACCCAGUCUCAAGAAGUUCAAAAGCCCGCGACCCUCGAUUUUAACGACAAACGAAAAAAAGCUCAGAAUUUUAAAGAGAUCGUCCAAACGACACCGACGGCGAGUAGUUUAAUCAGUAGUCCUAAAUUACCAAGACAUCAAAAGGUGUUUGAUCUCGAGGGAUCGCGGACACCUAGUCCAUCUUCUGUAUCAAGAAAAAGCAGUUUUGCCUCUUUAUUCAAGACCAGGACUGAUGGCAGUGUACUGAGCCCAGGAUCACCAUCGCCCAGUACGAAGCCACGAAGGAGUUUAACGUCGAAGAUAAAGGACACCACGGAGAGCCUGAGGAGCAGAUCGAAAUCGCGCGAGAGAGUCUCCGUCGAUAAGGGUUCUAGUUUGAAGAAGGACUCGAAGAACAAAAGUGUUUUCUCCUCGACCUUGAGUCUCUUUAAGAAACGCGAGAGGAAGAAGAGUUACGACGAGGCGAUCGCUGCUUUCUGUGGAAUCGAGUGCGACAUCGGUAAUGUUGAUCAACCGUCAUUGGAGAGUAUCGGCCAGGUCGAAUUUACUUUCAAUACGGAAAAGGAAAGACGUAAGGAUGACUCGAUCUUCAUCAGCCUUCACGCGGACGACAGGAACUACGAGGAAGCUUUACCAUCCGAAAGUGUUUCGAUACCGUUAGAAACACCGACUAAAUUAUUGGACGAAUACGACUCUGAACCUCGUACUGGUGGUAUAAUGAUGACGGAAGUUUCUAUAGAGUAUCAUCGUCCUCCGGUCGCUGAGGUGAGAACAGAAGCAAGGAUAGAGAGUACACCGUCGAAGAGAUCUUCCUGGGAGAAUCAAAUGCCACGUAGUCCGUCGAAAGAUUCUCAAAUAUCGACAAGUGGCUCGAGAGAUUCUAAAAUAGGUACACAAAGUGUAAAGAGCGUAGAGAACGCGGUAACAAAAUCUUCGUCACCGUCGAGCGAAGUCAGGCCGACUUCUGGAACGCAACGAAUGUCCAGUAGUUCUUCCAGAGAUUCGAUCGCGAAGAAAACUCCUGAUGCACCAAAAAUCAAGAAGAAAAGUAAGGAAGAGCAGCAACCGUUACCAUCCGAAAGAAUAGAGGAAGUUGUCCCGCAGCAAAAAAAGAUAGCAGGAAGUGAUGUCCCUGCUACGAAAGCUAUCAACGAGUAUAAAAAAUCAGAUUUUCUGGACGAUGGAUUAUCGGUUAAAACGGCGGAAGCUGAUCUAGUAAAAACGUCUAGCAUAAUAUCAGAUCUUGAUCAUAACAGUUCAGAGUCUGAGAGAGAUUCCGAGAUAGAGUUCAUUCGUAAUAAAGCUGAGAAAAUUACCGAGGAGUUACCCGAUGAACGGAAGGGUCUUUUCAACGAGGAAAGCUUUGAAGAAGAUCUUCCAUACAUUCCGACUACCUUGCCUUUGGAAAAGAGCGUAGCUGUACCGAUUCUGCCUGUGAAACAACGACUUCAAGAAGUGAGAACGAUUCCAAUCGAAAGGCCACGUUCAACGACGCCCAUCAAUCCAACUCUACUGGACGAGUUCGUGAUGCAGACAUCUCUAGACGAAAGACGUGUAGAAAGAAUGAAGAUAUCCUUACCUCGUGAGGAUAGUUUUAAACUGAAGAGUCCAAAGAGACACGCUACUAAUACUUUCUCCGAGUUUGCGGGUAAAGUGACGGAUGGUAGUCGUAACAGAGCAGCUGGCAAGUCGCCCAGUCCACCACCUCUACCACCGAGAGCACCAACCAGACCCAACAAUUGGAUAAAUUUCGAGGAGAUCCCGGAGAAGAGGAAGGCACCGAAAAUAAUUCAAACGAUUCCACGUACCGAGGACGAAGUUAAGACUACCGGUUACAGCUACGUUCAACCCGAAGAGUGUAGAUGCGAGUGUCACGAGGAGUCGAGGAGAGCUUCGAUCAGAGAGGCAACAGCAACGAGGACUUCGUCAUGUAGUAGCAACGGAGAACGAGCAUGCAACGGUGAGAAUUGCAUCCUGCCGACCACGAGCUCUGUCGAUCGUGCCAGCAUCGUCAGUGACAGCUCCUUGGAAUGUAGCUUGAGCAUUGAGGACAACCAAAUUACCGGUCAAGCUGUCGCUGGUCAGCAGGUCCUCGGCUCGGGGAAACCUUUCGGCAUGGAUCUCGACGUGAGAUCGAAUCGAUCGAGUAUCGUUUCUCAGGAAGAAACUGAUGAGAAUUCGCAUCAAUAAUGGUACGGAAGCGAUAAAGAAACGUAUCUAAUCUUAUUAGAAUCUUCCGGAGUUCGUUCGAUCGUGCUGCAGAGAUCACUGAGAACGUCACACGAGGAUCGAAGAUAGAUCAAAGGUUUGCUCCGAUCGUAGGAUUGAUCUUAUCGAACCUUCCGAUUAAUUUCAAUCUCGAUUCUGAUAUAUUUUAUCGGAAUUGGUAUUCAAUGAUCGAUCCUAUGAUCAUGGUCAUUCGAGAGUCUCCUUCAAAUUGUUAUGUAAAGGAACAAAAAAACUAGCACAAUGACGCACGUAGAUAAAGUAAGCGAUGCCUCGCUGCCAGCUAAAUAAUAAAAUAGAAAGAUUUUAUCCGUAUUCUAGAUAAGAAUAAAAAAAAUAACAAUUGGACUCAAACGAACGAAACAGAACGCUCUCGUUGCAAAAGAUCGAAGGAGUAUUGUCGUCGACACGAUUUUCGGACAGAUCUCUGUCUCUCUCUUUCUCUCUCGUUCUCUUUCUAUUUUAUGAUCUAAACUCUCGUCUCACGCGUUUGCGUGUGUCACGAUCGAACUUCUUUAUAUUCGUACGUGUUUUUCGAAAGUCGAAGAGUUCGUUUGCAAGAUUUAUUCGCGAUUAUUGAUCAUCGUGUUUGUUCCGACGUAUACCAGUACAUGUAUAAAUACGUACAACGUAUAUAUACCUUCGUUCCCGCGUUUCGUAACGUUCGUAAGUCCGCGAUCGCGCGUUGAAAGAAACUUGAAGAUGUUUAAAGAAAAAAGAAAAAAACAGAAAAAUGAAAAAAGGUCAAAAAAAUUCAAAAUAAUAGGAUCUAUCUCUCUCUCUCUCUCUCUCUCUCUCUCUCUCUCUCUCUCUUUCUUUCUCUCGGAUUUUGAUCUCUCUUUCUUUUACAAGCGGUCAUUAGCCGGUAUGCAGACGUCGAGCAAUGAUUUGUCCUUAUCAAAAUAGAUCGACCAAAAAAAGUAUGAGCAAAAUUUGCGCUCCGAUGGACGUUGCUUCUCAUUUAAAAUCUCACUAUCUUCAUCUUAUCGUCAAAAUUCUUAUCGGUGCUCGGGGAGAUGAUCGUUGGCAAUAUGCGAGAGCCUCGACGUCACGAAUCCUUCCAUCUUUCGAAGAAAUUAUUUUAUCGACUGUUGUAUACACUGACCGCGAAGAGGGGAGGUUUCGUUACGAUCGUUGAAAAAUUAGGCACUCGAAAUACGAACGAAUAUGAUCGCGUAGUUAGCAUCCUCGCAUCGUUCGUUUACUCAUUUGAUCGAAGAAAGUGGUGUCUCGAAUGUAACUUCUUUUUCUCCCGUAUCUUUGGUGCUCGUGCAUUUAACGAGCAAAUACAAAAGUAUUUGGUGAAUAAACUGACUUACAUAAAAUGUUCAAUUAUCUAGUUCAUGGGUAACCUUGAGUUCUCCAAUUUCUUCGGCUUUCACAACGUGACAAGCAAGUACUUACUUACGUGUGCCUGCGAAUAGAAAAGAGCGAUUUCCUUUGUUUUCUGUUGUAAAUAGGUACAUAUGUACUAAUUUAUUAGCAAAUAUCAUGCUAAUGCUUAACUCUUCGCAAAAUGGAGAGUUUCGUUAUUAGAAUGAGGAUUAGGGGAAAAAAUAGAGAAAGGCGAAGCAUAUCGCAAUGGCAAAUGGAAUUACGUAUUUAUCUACCUCUUAAGAAUCGUAUCAAAUGGCGUACGAAGGAGGGACGGCGAGACUCUCGACUUCUACGUCCACGAUGCUGCCUGCAGAAAUACAAAAAAAUAAUAAAAAAAGAAAAAAAUAAAAAAAAAAAAAAAUAAAAAAGAAAUAACUUAGACGCACGAGGAUUAGUGAAAAAAUGUAAACAAGUUACGUUAACGAUCGUAUUGUCUGACUUGACUUCUUUCGAUAUAAAAGAAAAUUUAUAUUUGGAUUAAUUGUAAUUUAAAAAUGAUUUUCUUAAAAAUGACUUUUUCAUUUUAUUUCUUUUGAUAUAGCACUUUAAAUAAAUUUGAUUUUUAUCGAAAGAGAUCAAGUAAGAAAAUUUCGAGAUUAGAGCUUCAUUUCUUGUAUGCUCGCAGAUUAUAGUUUGUCGAGGAUGAUUCGAAGCGAGUCUUAUGUUCUUAACGAAAAUAGAUGACGUAGUCGAUCAUCGUCGUUUUCGCUGAGAAUCUUACGUUCUAACAUUUACGUCAUUCGAAGUAUCGAGCACGUGUCAUGUAGCUCGUGACUCGUAUUGUGUUCAAAGUGGAAUACUGACUCGCGUUUUACGACGUACAAUAACAACAGUAAAGAGAAAUAAAUAAAAAAAUAAACAGCAAAAACUAUUUCCUUUCGUGAUGUACCGAGCGAGUAAUUGUCGAAGAAAAAAAAAAGAUGCAGAGCAGCAUAAAUGUACGAGCAAUAUAUGUUAUUUGUCGUACUUUACAUAUUUCUUUUUUCUUUUUUAUUCAGAUUCACGAUGUUUUUCAUACUUUUUCACUAUACUGAGUAAGAUGCUAUUAAAAAUUUAAAUGAAGUAGAAUUAACGUACAAAUAUAAUAGUAUUUUAUCCAGCUCGAAAUGAUACACAAAAAAAGAAAAAGAAAAAAAAAGAAAAGAAAUUUUUCCAUCGGUGUAAAACUUUUAUUCUUUUUUCUUAGAGUAUCGCUCAACAGAUAUUAAUCUUCACGGUGGAAAAAAAUGGUGUUAUAAUUACUCGCUCCACGUCCAAGGGAAAAUUCUCUUCGAAUUGCCGUAACUGCGUACCGGAAUUGAAACGAGUUCUUGCAGAGUCGUUAUUUCUACUUACGCUUCUCUUCCUCUUCCCGUCUCCACGGACGUAAUGAUCAUGGUGACGAGGAAGCGAUUCAUAAAACUAAGUCGUACAUUUUCGAACGUAUAUGCGUACGUAAAUAAUAUACAUACAUACAUACAUACAUACAUACAUACAUACAUACAUACAUACUAAGCGAUCGUUGUAAAUGUUCUUUUCUCCUUUCAAAUCUGUACAAUACAAAAAAGACCAAAAAAAAAGAAAAGAAGAAGAAAAAAGGAAACAGUAAAAACUAAAAAGAUAUUCGCAACUGUUCGCAGCCGGAAAGGAAAGCAUCAUCGAAGGGCGACGCCAUCGAUUCUUUACGACAGUAAUUUAGUGUACCAUAUGAUAUAUAUACAUAUACAUAUAUAUAUGUAUGUAUAUAUAUAUAUGUAUAUAUAUACAUAUACAUAUACAUACACAUAUACAUAUACAUAUACAUAUACAUAUAAAUAGCUAUUUUUCUCUUGGUUACUAACGUUAGUUUUACAACCAAGACGAUUUUCAGAGUAUCUAUAUUAAAAAAAAUACUUGUAAGAAAGCUAAGGUGACCUUGAGCUCUUCGAGUCUACCCGCGCGUGUGUUCAAAAUUUUUCCCUUCUAUCUCCAUUUUUCUUUCAUUUUGCUCUUCUUUCAAUUUAAUGUCGAAAAAACUAUAUGAUCAUAAUAUUCUCCUGAAGAUUAAUCUCGCAAACAUAAUAUAGUUAUUUUGAAAGUAUUCGGACGAUCUCGACGUUUAUUCUUUUUCUUGUAAGGUGAAUUUCGAACGUCGAGUGAAAUUAAAAAUAAUGCUUCGAACGGGCUCGCUGAUGUAUACAAGAGAAAAAAAAAGUAUGGAGGACCGACGAUACCUGAAUAUCGUAUAUACAAGCAUGAUUAGACGUCAUUUUUCUAUACUGGUCUUUCUACGUAUACAUACAUAUGUGUAUGUAUGUACGUAUAUGAAAAUAACAUAUUUAUAGUUAUGUAAUUAGUUUUUCGAAUGAUAUUCGAACGAAAAUAUCGACGGUUUAUAUGGCAAUAUGUUUUUUCUACUUAUUAUACUUCGUCCCUUCCAUAUGUAAAGUAUUUCCAAGAGCGUUUCUUAGAAAUUGUCAGGAGCCGAUUUAUUAAAUGUUAAACCGAUUUGUUUCGUCGAUUGUGUUUUCUCUAUUUAAAAAAUAUUCUUCUCGUAUCUCCGUUCCAACGACAUUAACGAAAGUAUGUUUAUUAAAUAAACAAAAACGAUCUCAUCAACGAGCUAAAUGAAGUACGACGCAAAAUAUUCAAAUUUAUGCUUCUUUGGCUCGUUUCGUAUUUUAUAAACAUACACGCAUAGGCAUAAACACAAUCAUUUUACUCAACGAAAUUAUUCGUACUACAUAUAUACGCACUUACGUACAUACGUCGUCGAUCGAUUUAAAAAUUAAAAUAAAUAAAAACGCGUGAUACUCUGCCAUAUUUCGAAAGGCUCAAGAAGACCUACUAGGCUCAUGGUAAUUUUUUAAAUUUUUUCCUAGCCAAUAAACAAUAAAACGAUAUGAAAAAGAACACAAUCUAUAUGCCGAAGAAAAGUCGAACAGAACAACAAAACGAAAAAUAAAGAAAAGAAAAAAAAAUGAAAAAAAAAAAGAAAAAAGAUUUUUCGGGAUCGUGACAAGUGCCCGAGCGAGUUUAAGGGCGCACAUUCGAGGAAAAAUCCUUUCCAUCUUUUUUCUUAUCGGUGUAGUCGAGAGAAGGGAACAAAAAAUGUGAUUUCUCGAUGAUACGAUGAUUUAUGGUUCCUCGGACCUGUCACUACGAUCCUUAUUUAGCAAUACGCGAAUACGUUCAUGUUUAUUUUUAAGGCACUAGAUUAUCAAGAGGUAAAAGAAUAUCUCAAUGUUUCUAAUAUUAUGUACAUAAGACGGGAGUACAUUUUCGAAACGCUAAUUACAUUACAAGACAUGUUCGACGAAUGCUCAUGUUCGAAUAAGAAAAAAAAAAAAGAAAACAAAAAUAAAAUGUUUAUGUGUUUUGACGUAUGGUUAAAUCAUUUCAACUACUAUUAUUACUACUAUUAGUACUAUUACUAUUAAACUCUCGAAGAUUAUGUCGAAUCGAGAGUAAUCGACACUAAAAGUCUCUCUACGAUUAUAAAUAGAAUAAUUUCCUAAGAUUCCAUCGUUAUUCCCGUUAUAGAAAUUACGAUAAAUAUUUUGCGCGAUUUUGCGAAUCUAACUGUAAAAGAGGAAAGAGUCGCUAAUAGAAAGAAAAGGAAAAGAUAAAAUAAAUAAAACGGAAGAAAAUAUUUAAGCACAUAUUCUGUUACACGAUGCACAGUAAAAUUUUAUCUGU